AUGGAUAAUGCUACCGACUUUAUUUGUUGGCCAAAUCGUGAUGAGUACAAUGCCAUUAGCGAUAAUUUUCAACUUCCAUACACCAUAUGUGUGGUCGACGGCACAUUAAUUAAAAUAGUGCAACCCAUGAAACACUUUGCAGCAUAUACAUGCCACAAAAAAUUUUGCGCCGUUACCCUUCAAGCAACCUGUACCACCAGCCUCAAGUUCACAUCCGUGAGCACAGGGUGGCCAGGGUCGAUGCAUGAUGCCCGUGUCUUUGCAAACAGCGAGCUAGGGCAAACACUUCAGGAAAGACUGGCAGGCACCGAUUAUCACUUAAUUGGAGAUCUUGCCUAUCCUUUGUCUGAACGUUUGCUAAAAUCAUAUCGAAGAGCAGGUGCAAACGAGGAACAGAAACUUUUCAACUGUACUCUGAACUGCGAUAGAUCUUCAAUUGAGCGAGCAUUUGCUCGCCUGAAAGGAAAAUUUCGACGGUUAAAGUUUCUUUACAUGAGGCGAUUGGAUUUGAUUCCAAGCUUCAUCAUCGCAGCUUGUUGCCUACAUAACUUCACAAUAGAAGUUGACGGUCUUGAUGAUGAAGAUUUUGCUGUCGACAUCAACGAGGAAGGACGACAACGUCCUUGUUGA